AUGGAUAACGGACUAAAUGAUGCGGAACUGGGGGCGUGGCUCGAGUGGCUGCCUCAAGAUGACUUUCACAGCACGCUCGAGCCUGCCGCGGGGAAUGGCGACGCGGCGCAGCAUCAGGGUGCUCAGAUGGCAGUGCAGCCACCCUCGGUGGGGCACCAGCAGCAGCAGCAGCAACAUCAACAGCAGGGGCAGGGGUCGGGUCCUUCUCCGCAGCCAGCACAGGCCAAGACCUUCCAAAUGGUAGCAAUGGGCGCUAUGGACCCCUUACAGGCGCAGGCCUACGCGCUGCAGUACCCGGUGCAGCACCAGGCGGGCGCGUUUGACCAGCUGCUGACAGCCAUGCCGCUGGCGGGGCACUCCAUGGCGUCUUCCGGCACGCAGCAGCAGGUCGCCAUGGGCAUGGCGGGCCCGCAGCAGGUGGCGCCGGCGCUGUACAUGCCGAGUGGCUACAGCCUGCAAGGCGCCCCUUCGGACGCGAGCGGCGCAGCCGCGGCGGCGGCGGCGGCGGCGGCCGGCAUGGGCGGCAACAAGUCGCGCCUGCGGUGGACGCCGGAGCUGCACGCGUCGUUCGUGCGGUCCGUGGCGCAGCUGGGGGGGCCCGACAAGGCCACGCCAAAGGGCAUUUUGAAAGCCAUGGGCGUCGACGGCCUCACAAUUUACCAUAUCAAAAGCCACCUGCAGAAGUACCGCCUCAACGCCCGCGUGCCCGGCGGCGGCGGCUCCGCCGCCGCGGGCAGCGUCGACGGCGCCAGCGACGGCGCCGGGGCCGCGGGGGAGUCGUGGGAGGCCGCGAGCGCGGCGGGCGGCGACUCGCCGCACAGCACAGGGCCCGGCUGCGGCGCGCCGCCGACGGCGCUGGGGAUGCCGCUGGCGGCGGCGGCCCCGGCUGCAGGCGGGCAGGCCGGCGCCGCGGCGUCCUCGGCCUUGGCUUCCGCGGAGCAGCUGCUGCAGCAGCAGCGGCAGGUGCUGCCGCCGGUUGCGCAGCAGCAGCAGCAGCAGCAACAUCAGCAGCAGAUCCAGCCGCCCCCGCGGCCACCGUCGGCGGGGCCCAGCACCAGCGCGGCGGCGCCCACAAGCUCCGCCGCGGCCGCUGGGGCUGCGGCCGUGGAUGCCGCGACGGCCGAGCAGGCAGCCAGCGUGACGCGGCGCGAUCUGGAGGAUGCAUUAGCGCUGCAGAUGGAUCUCCAGAAGAAGCUACAUGAGCAGCUGGAGUCCCAGCGGCAGCUGCAGCUGAGCCUAGAGGCCCACGGGCGCUACAUCGCGAGCCUGAUGGAACAGGAGGGGCUGGGGCACAGGCUGCAGGACAUCGCGGGGAUCACCGCACCUGGCCCGGGCACGCCGGCCGCGCCCGCAGCCGCGGCUGGCGCAGCGUUCGGCGGCUGCUCAGGGGGUGGUGGUGAGAGGCAGGAGGUAGAGGCCGCGGCGGGCGCGGGGGUGGGGGGCGGCGGCGCGCCGCGGUUGCCUGUGCAGCAGCAGCAGCAGCAGCAGCAGCAGCAGCAGCAGCAGCAGCUGCUGAUGCGGGAGCCCGAGCUCGGAGACCUGCUGGGUGGCCUGCCGCUGCAUGCGCCUUCAGGCUUCCUGCCGGCCGCCGCCGGCGGCGGCCGCCUCGGCGCGGGCGUCGGUGGCGGCGGAGCCUAA